UCUGCGAAAAGCGAAAACCAAUCAUACCGUUAAUGAAACUAAACAUAAAUGGCAUAUAGAAAGUAUUUAUAAGCCUGCUUGCUCUGUUGUUAGAUUAUAUCUUCUCAGUGUACCUGUGUAUCUAUUCAAAAUGAGACUACCAUCUGUCAGUUUACUUGUUGUUUGCAUGUUCGGAUUGGCAUCAAUGUGCCAUGGCGGAUACAUUCCUCGAUUUGCAGCGGCCAAAAGGCUAAAAUGUUGGGAGUGCGAAGAUGCCAGUUCUGAUGCUCAUUGCUUCAGAGUAGGAAAAUGGAAGCAGUGUGGACCGUCACAGUCUUGCUUCGUGGAAAAACGUUAUGAAAAUGGCAUUGAAGUUCACAAACGGGGAUGUAAACAAGAUUCAGCUUGUAAAUCACUGAUGAUGCAAAAUGAAUUCCAAUGCAAUAGUCUGCAGUUCAAAAAGCAUUUCCAGGAAUAUUCCACUAAUCCCAUCACUUGUCGACACUGUUGCGACAUGAACUACUGCAAUCCCACCAGAACUGAUAUGGCGAUCAAAAAUAAGUUACGAAAAAAAAACAUCUCAAAUAAAAAACCACCUGUGAACCGGAACGAACCAGCCACGGGCAACUAUCCGAUGCCACCAGUAUCUCAUUACUCCGUUAAAAAGAAUCAGAAUCCUGUCGUAUACCCUACUCCACAUCAGGCGAAGUACUCGACACCUUCCUCUAAAAAAGAAGAAGAAGUAUGGUAUACGUUGCCACAUAUCAAAACAACUCCUUAUGGGAACCCUGACCAUCCUACCAAUGUUGCACCCGAAGAGAGAACAACUGAGCCCGUACCGACACCGUAUCGUGGAAAGAUGCCAGCAGACAGGACAAUGAAUUUGGGACAAGUCUACUAUCCGGGUAUCGGUUGGAUUUCUUUGACUCAGUCGAAAGAGCAGAGAGCCGCCCCACCAAGUGUUGUAUACAACCAAGAAAAAUCAUUAGACGUCGGAAUCACUCAUGCAACCAAAGAACUUAAUCUAAAUGAUUGAUAAAUUUCUUGGUAGUUUUAAUUAAAAGGUUAAUUGUUUCAUUUAAUGAUUGAUAUAUAAUUUCAUUUUUAGUUCAAAUAAUUUGUGAAAAACUAUCGCUAAUUUAAUUAUCAAUUAAUUACAUUUAUUAAAAGUACUUAAUGGUAUAAUUAUUGCCAGACGAUAAAAUCUGUAUUAUUUGACUUGUUAUUGUUAAGUUAUUGUUGCAUUAGGGUUAGCAGAAGUUUAUUAUAUAAAUUGCAUGCUGACAUGUCUCCGUUAAAUUUUCAAGUGUUAUAUUUUUUAAUGAAUUGUUUCUGCAAACUCAAAUAUGAUUCUAUAACAAAUUACUGAAAUUGAUUUUAUCUUAUGCUCAAAUAUGUUUGUGUAAUGUUUGGCUAACAAAUUCGACAAAUAAAUAUUUUCUU